AUGAGUGCUACAAGCUGUACUAUCUACAACGCCAUCACUGGAUUCAGCGUCACUACUAAUCUCCGCCUGUUUCUCACAAUAGAUGACUUCAAACGGUUUGUGAGCCAGCAACUGAUGAUCCCCUUAGACCAGACUUUUAUCCUUCUGCCCUACGGAGCAAAAUUGAAGAGGGACACAUUUGCUAGUUGCGUGCGAGAUGCAGCAAAAUCGGAGUUCUACGUCUUCGAUCGUAGGCUUUUUUCGUUCGCUCAGGAUCCAAUUUCCUCCACAAUAUUAACGCAGACACCAGAGAUAGAAGAGUUGCUGAAUGCAGUAACACGGCUUCACAAGGCCACUCUGAUAAAGCCUGUAACCUCUCCGCUCCAAGAGGUUACGUUUGCAACGUCGGAUUUAGACUACCGCAAAAUUACCACAAUGCUAACAUCCAACAUGGGCUGGCUCAGCGCUUUGGAAAUUGACGCACACUAUUUCCACUCUAUUAUCCAGAAUACAAUGUCCGAAAUUCGUGUAAUAUUCCAGUGUUUUACAAUUUGCUCACAAUACCUCAAACUAUACUGUUUUGAGGUCGAGAAGCUCUACGACUCUAACGUAGAAUUUCACAAUCAACUCCGCAAAGAUAGCAAUGCUCACCAGUGGCAGAAAUUCUACGAUUCUUUGCUCAAGGAAAUCAAAACUGUAAAUGAUGAAAGGCAAAAACGACUGAGUAACUUUCUCGAGAGAGACAGCCUCGAGCGCGAUUACAAUGAUCUGGUCGAUAUCAAUCGCAGAGUCUUGACGCAACUGCGACAGCUCAAAACUCAAAUUUAUGAGAACAUAGAGAAACGGCAAGCGAUCGCUGCCAGAGUUGAGCAGUUGAAACCAUUGUUCGACCAAGCCCCAUCAAACUAUGAAAUGGAAAACCAAAUGAUGAAGAAGUUUGAAGAAAUAAUUGCAGAAACCAAGGAAAGCACACGCGAAAUUUUAGCAUUAACCUCCGAAGAACUCACUCCAGAUGUGUUAGCCGAGGUAUCUCAAAAAGUCUCAGAUAACAAGAAUUCCACGAUACCCAAUCUUCUUACUAUCGCUCAAUCGCUGUUUUCGCAAGCAGAAGAGUCACUUGCUAACAAAAAACGACUUCAGGAGCAGAUCAUUUUACUUUUGAGUCAAAUCGCUUUUGUUCAAGUACAAAUAUUAGACGUCAAGACUGUUCUGCUAAAGGAAUGCAAUCAACAACUGGAGAGUCUACAGAACUAUGAAUUGCGACUAUCACAGGUCGAAGACUUGCCGAUACUCUAUGGUCUGCAUUUAAUUGAGAACUUACGAAAGAAGAACUGGCUUGCUGAGGCAAAAACCCUGGGAUGCAAAAUGUCGCAAGAGCUGCAAGCAAUAGGAGACAUUGAGGAAAAGCAUCGUGAAAAAUGGAAUCGCACUUUUGGUCAGCUAAGAUCGCUAUUUGAUAUUUCAGGUAGCGAUCUUACUGGAUUCCGAAAGUCAUAUGCCCUCCAAAUUUGCAGCUUCUCCGUCGUUGACACUGACGGACUGACAGCAGAAAAAAUUGAGCGAUAUCUGCUCCAGCUUUCUCAGCAUAAUAUUUCUGUGGAGAGUUUAGCGUUGCUGCAGAAAAACUUGGAGUCAGCAGUAUCAUUUUCCAUAAACCUCAAGCCUCUGUCGUCAAAUGGUUAUUUCUUUCCGGGAAGGUCAUCUCAUGAUGAUUCUGAUGUCAUUAGGCGAUAUCAAAGAAGGAUCAAAAAGCUUGAAGCAUUGCUACAUGAUGCGAAAUACUCAAAUAUACGUUCUUGGCCUUCGGGUAUUUUGAACAAUGCGACGCUUACAGCGUUUGAAAACAAUACCCCGCCCGUUAAUGUCAAGAUGUCAAUGCUUUUGGCGGAUUCAAAUGAUGUCACAUCGAACUUGCCUCAAGGGAAAGCACUUGAUGAUAUGUCAAGGCUUCGAAAAGAUGCAGAGGAAUAUCAAGAACAAAUAGACUCUCUGAAAAAGGAGUCUUUGAAGCUGAAGACACUGGCAGUUGAUUUUGAAGACGAGCGUAGUGCUUAUCGCGAAACUCUAUCUGCCCUCAAUAAUGAACUGUCGAAACUUACUUCAGAAAGAGAGCAGCGCGAGCACUUCGAAUCCAUAAAGCUUGCGGAACUCAAGGAUCAAGUCACUGUUUUGAGUAAGCACAACGCUUCUCUGCUGAAUGAGGUGAGCUCUUUGAAAAAUGAUUUCGAGCAACAGAAGAGCUUGAACGAAAAGCUUCUCAGUGACAUGGCUACUGCUGAAACAAACGCAGGAGAAGCCAAAAAGGCAUUUGAUGAGGAACGCAACCUACUGCGCGAGGAGAUUGAUUUGCUAAAGAGCAGCAAUGAGGAAUUGGUGAACAAUCAAAUAAUAUUGAACUCAUCUGAACACAAAGAGCAGAGCGAAGAGGAUGAUUCAAAUGCGACGGUCAACCACGAUAUGUUGAAAAGUGUAUUCGAAGUAUUUGCCGGUGCAGUUUACAUUUUAGAGAAUAUUGGUUUACUACUUUCAAGGACGGACGACUUAAGCUAUCAGAUAUCUCGAGUGAAAGGUCUUCGAAAAGGCCUGGCUCAAAGUGACAUCUUUGAAAGCGCUCUGGAACUGAAGGGUCCUACUUCCAUCAAGAGUACGGUUUUCCAGGAUGUAAAAGAGCUGUUCGACUCGUCCAAUGGGCCAGAUAACGUUCAAGCUCAAAGAGAACUUUUGCUGGCGAUGAACAAGCUUUUUGAAAAUAAACUGUACGAAUCUUCGGUCAUCAAAAGAUUCAAAGACAUUGAAGCCCUCGCUAAAAAGCUCACAAAGGAAAAUAAAUUCAGAAGAGGUUUACUAGAGACUUAUCAAAGAGAAAAAAUUACAGUGAAGAACUUUCAGGUUGGGGACACUGCAUUGUUUUUGCCCACAAGAGACGUUCCUGAUUCUGUUUCAUCCUCUGUGUCUUCUCUUGCUUCAUCAUUUUCUUCAGUUGAUCUGUCGACUCCUCCCCCUCCCGGAGGUGCAUCUUCGCAAAGAGGGGAGUCCCACCACUUGAAGAAUACAAAGGAAAGGGUGAAUGCAAACAAAGCGGUCCCGUGGGCUGCUUUUACAGCGUUUGAUGAAUCAACGCGAUACUUUUUAAAGGAUAACGAAAAGUUCACAAUAGAUAGAGACUGGUUUGUGGGCAAUAUUACGUCUGUCGAAGAAAUGGUAGCCAACGAACCCGCAACAAAUCCUUUUAAACUUCCUAAAGGAACAACUUGGGUUCAGGUUACCGCUGACUUUGUGACAGGGAAAAAUUCUUGA